CCGAUGCGAUCGUCUGUCCAAGCGUGGUAGAUAGUAGUGGCGCUACUGUUUUUGUGACUGUCUUUUCAUCUUGCGGUACAGUUCCCAAGCUUAUGCUGGCAAGGUCAGAAGCACUGCUCGGCGCAUCAUCAUUCGGCCUCCACGGAGUUGGGCAUCGAUCCGUGUGAUGCUGGAGCAUCAGUGAAGUGUGCGUCGUAUCGUGCAUCAGAUAUCACGGAUUGGGAAUUUACGCACAGUCUCGCCGAUCACACACAUCAACACAACAGCAGCAAAUGUGCGUGCGCGUGUGAAGGCGUCAGUAACCACACCGUAAAUAACAACACAGCGUGCGAGCGUGCUCGCUUGCUGUCAAACAGCUGUCGGGGUGUUACAUCCCGUAAAAGCGAGGAACCUUUAAAGCGAGAUGCGAUCUACGGGGCCCAAUAGCAUCAGGUGUUAUGCAGUCCUGAUGCUACUGAUUUCCAUCGGAACGGUGCACACCUUCCGAAGGCAUCAUCCCCGACAACAGUCUUCGUUCGUAUCACGCAAUGACUUCGACUGGCAUCUCGCCCGUGAAGUUUUCCAGCAUGAGAACUCGAACGUCGUGUUUUCACCGUUCUCCAUCAAACUUUUGCUCACGCUGCUCUAUGAGGCAGCCGAGCCUGGAUCUACCACUCACACCGAACUCGAAACGGCACUGUGCGAUCCAGAUCUGAACCGAACGCGUGCCUUCUACACCCAGUUCCUGGACGCAUCUGCGCAAACGAACGGUGACUAUGAGUUCGAUAUUGGGACGAAGGUGUUUCUGGACAAAGCGCACGGGAAGCUUCCGCAAGCGUACACGGAUCUGCUUGAGCGAACGUACCGCACGUCGGUGGACCGAGUGACGUUCAACGGCACAAAAGCUACCACCGACCAGAUAAACACCUGGUGCGAAAAGGUGACCCGUGGCCGAAUCACGGAACUAGUAACCGAAGACACGCUUCAGGAUGCACAGCUAAUCCUGGCAAACGUGCUGUUCCUGAAAGCAUCCUGGAAGAACUCGUUCCCCGACGACCAAACGCACAAUCGAACGUUCCACGUCACCGACGGCAAUCCAGUGACAACCGAGUUCAUGCACCAGAUGGAUCUGUACGAUUAUGUCGACCAUGAAAAGCUCGGUGCGGAAGUGCUACGGCUACCGUACAAAGGACGCCAGUUCAGCAUGAACAUGGUACUGCCCCACAGGAAUGUGUCCCUCGCGGCUCUUACCAGCUCCCUCACACCCGCCAUGCUCGACUCGAUAGCGCAAACGUUUGUGCGCGAAGAGGUAACCGUGAUGAUACCAAAGUUUCGAUUCAACUAUGGCACGCUGCUCAACGAGGCCAUCCAGAGCCUGGGAAUACGCGACGUUUUCACGCGCAAUGCAACACUUCCACUGCUUUCCCCUGCCGCCGAUGACCCAACGGCACACAACGGCACCAGCAAAAACAACCUUCAGGUGUCGAAGAUACUGCAAAAAGCGGGAAUCGAAAUCAACGAAAAAGGAACGCUUGCCUUCGCUGCCACAGAAAUUCAGCUAGUCAACAAAUUUGGUUACGAUGGUGAUCCAAUCGUAUUCGAAGCGAACCGACCAUUUUUGUUCUACAUACUCGACGAGGAAACCAAUGCGCUGCUGUUCGUGGGAAAGGUGAUGGAUCCAUCGCACGGUACGCCCUACAUCAACAAAUCAACGCUCCCACUCACUCACCCUCACGGAAAUCUUUCGUUCGCUACGCAGAAUAUUCUCACUCAAACAUUCAUUCGACAAAGACUCUCAUGGAUGAACACUCCGAUCGUCUUUGCGCUCCAUCUACGGCACCUCACCCCAUAUCAGUACACGUUGGCUGAUCGUUCGAGCUGGACGAAAAUGGGAAUCUUCCACGGCGGACGGUGGACAGUGCUAUGUUGUGUGUUUGCGUUAACCAUCGCUGCAACUCCCAGGAAAUUCCUUCAAAAUCGCUUCAGCGUCGACUACCAACCAUUCGAUGGCCCUUGGAAUGAUGAUUUCGACUGGGGCGUAAUAAAGGAGGUACUACAUAAAGCUCCAGGCAAUGCAGUGAUAUCGCCGCUCUCCGUUAAAGCACUGCUGGCGCUGUUGUACGAAGGAAGCGCGAGCAGCUCUGUGACAGAGCGGGAACUUCUACAAGCGCUCAGUGGUGAAAAUGGUCAAACCGUGCCCAAACUACAAAGUGAUCUGCUGCAGUACAAAGCACAACAACGAAAUCUGAUCAUCACCGAUCGUGUGUACCACGACGUCUCGGUGACGAUCAUGCAAAAGUUUCACAGCAUUAUUGCGGCCCGCUACGGUGCUACAGCGGAAGAGAUCAACUUCCAGGACAAUGUGGCCGCGGCAGCGCAAAUCAACGAGUGGAUCGCCCAAAAUACACGCGGAAACAUUCAAAACAUCAUUAAACCAGACAUGCUUCAGGAUGCGUUGAUAAUGUUGAUCAAUACAAUCUACUUCAAAGGUUCGUGGGCAAUUCCAUUCCCAACAAAUGCCACCGUGGACAGGAAGUUUUACCCCGGAAGGAUAUCCACAGCAAGCCGAUUCGAAGCUCAAACAACUCCCUUCAUGAAGCAGCGCGAACGCAUCUUCUACUACAAAUACUCGGACCAGUUAAAUGCCCAAUUUCUUCGACUGCCGUACGAUAGUAACCAAUUGUCCAUGAUAGUCGUGUUGCCAGAUGAGCAGCACUCGUUGGGUCAGUUGAUUUCGCGUCUCACACCACAAUCGGUGCAUCAAACACUGGCGGAUAUGACCGAAGAAGAGGUGGAGAUAGAGCUGCCGCGGUUCAACAUCACCUACUCGGGCUCCAUGCGAGAGUGUCUUCAGCAACUAGGCAUCUCGCGCGUAUUUACCGAUCAAGCCGAACUACCAUUGAUAUCACGCGGCCGUAGCACACCACUGAAGGUUAGUACGAUACUGCAGAAGAGCUGCAUUCUUGUGGACGAGCAAGGCACGGAGGCGUCGGCGGCUACUGAGGGAACGCUAGUGUUUACGAUUCUCAACCAACCGAUCAAGUUCAUUGCCAACCGGCCGUUCCUCUUCCUGAUCUACGACGAAGGCAAGGGCAACUGGCUGUUUGCCGGCAAGGUAGAAGAUCCUCAACACUGAAGAGGUGAGACUGCGAAACCCCGUUUCUGCUAUUAAAACGCAUUGUACACUCAAAUUCAAUCAAUAAACAAUGUGUUUUUGUCACGUAAGCUUCACUAAGGCACGUUUUCUUCAGAA